AUGACUGAAACUUCGAAGUCAUCGCAUUAUAGGAAGGCCUCCUUCUCUCCCUACGAGGACACUAAGAGUAAGCUUGCUGCUGAUCUGGAGAAACUUGCUGCGUCGUCUGAGCAGGGAGAUGAUCUAUCCCCAAUAAACAAAGAGAAGAAAAGAGUCUCUAAACCGAAAAACAAGGUAAGAAGGCGAAAAUUCGACUCUUGGGACUACGUGUUUAUCGUGAUCAUCAUGUUUGCCUCUUGUGGUAUCAUCUACAACCUUUUCCGUGGCCCAAGGAUCAUUUUUACUACUCAGAAGGAUCUAGACACAGCCCUUUCAGAGAUCGUCAAACCAGUCGUCACGUACACAAACGACGGUGUUCCCACUUCGACAGACACUGCAGGCCAGUCUUUGACGAACAAAGAUGAGGACCAAACUCGGUUUGAUGUUGCCAAGGAGUUCCGAGCCAUAGGGGAAAUCUCACCCUUGAUCAUUCUUACCACCAACGAUAACGAAUCCGAGCAGUUGAAAAAGACCAUCAGCUUGUAUUCCAUCACCCCUCAGCCAGCUCUGGUGGCAGUGAAUCGACACCCACAUGUUGAGAAGCUGACUUCCUACAUCAACUCAUUGGCAGCGCCCCAGGGCUCUUCUAGUUCCACCUCCAACCUUCCAGAAGAAGCUGUCCCUGGAAUAGUGAUAAAUGGAGUACCAGUUGCAUCAGCAAAAGAAAUUGUAUUAUUGCAUUCCGCAGGAAAGCUAAACGAGUUCUUAAGCAGAAAGAGUCAGGGUCGGUAUAGAAUUGAACAUUGA